AUGGGGCCUCUUGGCUACUUGCAUGAUCUCAUUCCCUAUAUCUUGGUGAAGGUGGAAAGUCCCGGACUUCCCAGACAUAUAGAUUUCAAGCAGGAUCCCGGAUCCAAGUCGGUUGUGCGGCUCACCACGGAUUCACCCAUCGUUCUUGCUACCACCUCCGCUGUGAUGCCUGUCACAUCUGUGCAACCGGUUGCCACUCCUCUGGCACCACUCCCUACCGAGGAAGUUAUUUCUGAAUCCGCCACCAACGGUCUGUACAUUCCCAGGAUUUCAGAAGUGCCAGCAGUCACCAUCUGGAAAGCAGUAGGGGUUACUGCAACCCCUGCAGCCCGUGACGUCGCUACUACCACAAUGACCACGACUGCUUCUAGCAUGGCUACGACGGCCUCCGCCACAACGGUUACCUCUAGACCAACCACUGCCCUGAGAGACCUGCUGCCUGUGAUCACAAUUGUUGCCGUGACACAGUCGAUGAUGCUCGAAACCCCGACAACGGCUACUGUAGCCAGAACGGAAAUUCCAGCUUCUCCCCUGGGGACGACCACUGUGAUUGUGGGAGGUGUCGUUGGGGCCCUCUUCGCAACUUUCCUGGUGAUGCUGUUGAUCUACCGGAUGAAGAAGAAAGACGAAGGAAGCUACACGCUGGAAGAGCCCAAGCAGGCAAGUGUCACAUACCAAAAACCUGACAAGCAGGAGGAAUUUUAUGCAUAGACUGGAACCUCGAGUGCCUCGUCAUCUUUUUCGGUCUCAAUGCUGUCCCUUUUUUAAAACAACAACCACAACAACACAAACCUAUCUCUGAUUCAACCUGUCUCUUUUUAAUUGAGUCUAUCAAGUUUAACCUGAAAGAUUGAAGAAACCAACCAUUUUAAAAAGGCUUGCGCAUUUUUAGAAGACAACAAAGCUGACUUGCAUUGUAGUACAGGAGAUGCUGAAAGGAGUACCAAUGAGGGGGAGCCAAGAGGUAGACCUUUUUGGUUGUCUCCUGGAAGAUCUUCUGGAAUUAACAGGAAGUCCUGGACUCAUACCUAACUCAGGACUAGAGCACUGAUCUUUUUUAAAAAAAAAUUAACUGGACACUUUUGGUUGUCAAUACUUUCUGAUACUCUUCAAGACGAGGGUUUAACUUCAUGUGCUAGAAGAUGCAAUAUUUGAUAGACCAGGCUGCUCACAAGCCAUCACCUCUUCCAACUGAGCAACUGUGCUGGAGUUGACCCUUGGGAAUGCUUCCUUGAAGAAAUAACCUGGUCUGCAGGGGCACUCCUUAAUGCUCCUGUCUUGCUUCCUUUCCCCCUUCAUCUCAUCACUGUUCAACAGCCAAAAGACCUCCGAUGCUACCUUUCUGUUGCAAACCCAGCCUAAGCUUGCCUUGGUUUCCAACUGAAGCUUGUGCCCAGGUUUAUUGGGAUUCACUGUGACGUUAAACCUUGAUUAGCACAGUUUUCUGAGUCUAGGCAAGAGGCUGAAGAGCAUUUUUCUAAGAUAUUGAUCGUGAGGAGGAGAUGGCAAUACCGAUUUUUUAAAAAGAAAGUCAAGCUAUCUUCUAAAAUCCUAUAGGAACUAGAUCAUAUUUCACAUAUCUUGAUGAAUGGUGUGGUCAUUUCUUCAAUGGUGGGGGACUGGUGGGAGGUUUAUUGGGGAAACCAAGAGUAGAAUGACGUGAGCCUAGUUCUUUGAUUCCAUGGGACUCUGUAAAUAGAGGGAUUUAAAAAAAUAUAUGAAAUGAGUAUAUAGAGAACUUGAUUGGGGGAGAAUUCUGGUUCUUCUGAAGCAGUAAGUUGUAGAGUAACAGCAAGCAUACAAGAGAAAUGUUUUGGUCAAGUUUGUUAAGCAACUUCAUAUUCCAUUAACAAUGUAGGAGAGGUGACUGUGCUGACCCCAAAGAAUUAUAAGGACGUUAUAAACCCCAGUCUGAACAAAGAACGAGCAUAAAAAAUGGUAAAUGAACCAGAUAAUUGGAAUGUUGGAUACCAUGCAAUAAAAUCAAGCAAUGGAAAGACCAGUGUUUUAACCUAUUAGAAGGUGAAGUCAGAAUAACAAAUCUGUAGUAAUUGUUUGAAAAAAAAGACAUAUGAAUGAUAAAUGUGCUGUAAUUAUGUCAGUGAUAGAAUGUUGUUACAAGAUGCUUGUUGCUCUUGGUAAUUGAUAAUUCCUGUUGCAUUAACUGAAUGUUGUACACAUGCACCUUGAGUAGAAUGCAAAGACCAGAAGCUGUGAUCAUAUUAUUUGUGGUUGUGAAGAAAGUAGAAAGGAUGUAGAGUUGUACAUUAACAUGCUCCUGACAAAUACAUAUGGAGAAAAGCUGGGAAUUAUGU